AUGCCAAUAUACGCUGCAUUCUCAGUCAACAUAGACAGCUUCAAAAUAACAAAGGAAGCAUUCAUGUUAGAGAAGUACGGCUUCUUCACCAGAAUAGCAAUCAGAAACCUGCUUAGGGGACUUGCGUCAGACUUCACCAGGAAUAUCAAGCACAGUGCGUCCGAGGGCUAUCUCGAGAUCGAGGAGAAGCUGGAGGACGAGAAGAUCGUCAUUGCCACCGUCAAAGAAGGUGGUCGCAGGGUCAUCGUGGUCACCGAUGGGGCGUACAAUGGGUCAGUCAGGUUCAAGGCAGUUCAGGAGGCAAGGAAGGUGGCGUGCAACUACGACAAGCUGGUUGAUUCGUACAGAGACUGGCGCACCAAGGAUCUCGGCAUGCAGAUUGAGCGUGAGAUGAAGCAGGCGAAUGAGAACGUGGUGAAGGGGCUCGAGGCCGUGCUGGAAAGGGGGCAGACACUGAAUGACCUGGUUGAGAAGUCCGAGUCACUGUCAAAACAGACCAAAAUGCUCUAUAAAACAGCUAAGAAGCAAAACAGGUGCUGUUGA